AUGAGGCUAUCCAGGGUUUUAGCCCUCUUGGCCGUGACGCACGAGGGCGCCUCGCAAAAGGUUGUCUCGGCCAGCUUCCACCGAAUCCAGUUCCCGCCCGACCUAGUGCAGAUGACGCGCCGCGACACCCUCAACCUCACGGCCAUCAACAACAUCACCGGCGCCGGGUACUACUCGACGGUCCAGGUCGGCACGCCGGGCCAGAAGGCCAUGCUGCAGAUCGAUACGGGCAGCAGCGACACGUGGAUCCUCGACAGCCAGGCCGACCUGUGCUCGAGCGGUUCCCUGCAGCGCCAGUACGGGACGGGGUGCACCGAGACCUUCAACUCGAGCAUGAGCUCCACCUUCAAGCUCGUCAGGGCCAACGACUUUGACGUCGCCUACCUCGACGGCAAGCGUAUCCGGGGGGACUACAUCCAGGACGUCGUGAGCUUCGGCGGCAAAACCAUCAAGGACCAGCAGCUGGGGCUGGCCGUCCAGACGACCAGGGCCGCGGGUCUCUUGGGCCUCGGACUCACCGAGGGCACGACGUCGGACCGCGGAUACCCCACGAUCCUCGACAAUAUGGUCAAGCAAGGCCAAAUAGGCCGGAAAGCCUACAGCAUCUGGCUGAACGACCUGUCUUCGGCCGAGGGGAUGGUGCUUUUCGGGGGCGUCGACACGGAAAAGUACAUUGGCAAGCUCACGACGCUCCCGCUCGUCAAUGACUACCACACGGAUAAGUUCACCAGCUACAGCGUGUCCAUGACGGGCGUCGCGAUCGAGGCGCCCGGCCAAAAGGCGGUGGAGAUGGCGGCGGCGGGGGGCUCGUUCAACGCCUCGACCGUGCUCGACUCCGGGGCGACCGUGUGCCUGCUCCCUGACCGGCUGGCCAAGGACAUCUGGGCCAAGUACGGCGUCCUCGACAGGGGGUACGGCGUCCUCGACUGCGCGUGGAGGGGGCCCAAGGGCGAGGGCCACGCCAUCGAGUUCGAGUUCGCCGGCGGCGGGGGCGUCCGGGUCCGCGUGCCGCUCGAGGAGAUGGUGCUCGACACCCUCGGCGGCGGCGUCGUCAGGGGCGGCCCCGUGCCGUUCGACCGGGCGUGCCUGUUCGGGAUCCAGAGCAGCGCGACCUUUGGCGUCGAGGGCGACGGGUUCGCCCUCCUCGGGGACACGUUCCUGCGGAGCGCGUACGUCGUGUACGACGAGGCCAACCUGCAGGUCGGCAUCGCCGAGGCGAAACUCAACGCGAGCCGGUCCUACGUCAUCGAGCUCCGCGCCAACGAGACGGCGCUGCCGACGACCACGGGCCCGGCGCGGACGGCGGACGGGGGCGCUGCUGCCACGUCGCCGCCGGUCAUGACGACGACGACGGCAGGCGCGGGCGAGUCUGCGGCGCCGACGGCGAGCGAGUCCGCGAACGCGGCGCCGCGAGGAGGCGUCGCGACGUCCUGGGGGCCAGACGGGUUUUCCGUCACGUCCUUCGUGUCUGUGUUCGCCGUGGCGGGCGCGGUGCUUCUGGCGGUUUGA